AUGUCUGAAUUGCUGGAAUUCCUAAACAAAGCCAAAACAACAAACGAAACAAUAUCGGGCCUUUUUGAGUGUGUGUCUGUGGCAGACGCGCUGAGAAGCAAAACAAGGCAGACGGACGAGCGCCAGCAGCUGCAAAUAUCGGAGGCGAUGGAGAAUCUCUGCAAAGACUUCAAGUCUCGCACAUUCGUCAUAAAGAAGGACCUUGACAAAAUGAAGGCGGAAAACGAGGGGCACCUGGACCGGUACGGGUUUGACAGAGGCUUUUCCACACGGAACAACUUUCUGCAGAACCUUGCCAGAAGGCUUACGCUGGUCAUGCAGGACUUUGGGCGCGUGCAAAGCGGCUUUGCAAGCAUCCAGAAAGAAAGGCUAAGAGAGCAGUACCUGAUAGCAAAUCCGCAUGCGACAGAAACCGAGCUGAAAAGCCUUGAAGAAAAAGAGAAAGGGAAAGUGCUCCUGCAGUCCGCGUUCACGCUAGGAAAUAAAACCGUGAAGGAGGCUCUCCUCUUGGCAGAAAAGCGGCGCACAUCAAUAGAGGCCCUGCUGGACGGCAUUUCUGAUCUGAAGGACCUGGCCGACGACUUCUCAGGCAUUGUGCGGGACAACUCGUGCGCAAUGGACAGGGUGCACUUGGGCGUGAACGCCGCCAAUGUCCAAGCAAAGACCGCCCACGUCAUAAUCAAAAACUCUUCCAAAAGAACAAUACAGAUGCAAAAGGCCAAAAAGUCGCUCACCUUGUUCUGCACUUUUGCCCUUUUUGUUUUCGUGCUUUUUAUGGUGUGCAAACUGACCCACUAG